AUGCUCGAAAGGCUGAAUUCAGUGGGCGAAGAUGCAUGGAGUCGUGCAGCCGACGGCACACUAUCUGAUUCCUGGAAAAAUGGCCAAACAAGUUAUCAUGUGCGUUCCUCCAUAUCAGAUCAACGGCAGUCCACCCAGUCACAACAAGCGCACUCAGUUGGUCCAUGGCAGGAUCCGAAAAUGCUCAACGUUCUUGGACAAAGCAGUAGUCAGGCAAAUUCCAUGUAA